AUGUAUGCUUCAUUGUUCAAAUCGCUCUUUAAUAAAUCUGGUAAAAAAGACAAGAAGGAACUGAUUACUGUGGAAUCUGGUCAAUUUGACAUCACUAAAAAUGAUGUUGAAGACAUGCUUACUUCGUUGAAUGAGAUAAACGUUGAUGUCAAAGAAACUUUAGAUAAUAGUGUUAGUCGUUCCGUGUCGUUAGAUAAUAUUAUUGAUGGUAUCGAGUCAAUGCCUAUUGAUAAUACACAUCCAGACUAUUUGAAUGAUAGUGCUUCAGUUGACAAUUUUGAUGACACUAAAAGUGAAGUAAGUUCUAUUGGAGAAAACCAAGUAGCGUGUGAAACAGAUGAAAAUUCCAAAAAAACCAAUACUGCAAAUAAAAUUAACAGUCUUCAGUGUUUGUUUACAUGGAACAUAAAAUCAAAUGACAAGAAAAAUAUGAUUUUAUUGAUACAUAAUAAAUAUGGAGAAUACAACUUAAAUAUUUCUUCACCUGAGUUUACAUUUGAAAGGUAUGUAGGUAAUUUAAUUAUUGGCUAUGAAUUAUUUCAUAAAGGUGAGUCCCGAAUUAGGACAAUGAAAAUAUUAGAAAUUGGAAAUGGCUUGAAGAAUUAG